AUGUCUGCAAUUUCAAUUUGUAACGCGGCAGGUAAAGCUAUACCUCAAACGCUGGAACUAACCGUUGUCAAUGAAAUGACGCUCAUAGAAAAUUUACCAGUGUUUGAAAAAAAUGCGCCUCCAACCAAAAAGGUAAGCCUAUUAGGCAAGCUGGUUAGUAAGACCUGGGAGUUUGGUAAAGAGGAUAUAGGUGAAUUAAUAUUUGUGCUACAAGGUGCUGUGUGCCGUCCCUCAGGCAUUAGUGCCAUGUUUGCUUCAAGAGCUUGCCCUAAGUCCAUUAUGAUAGGAACAGCUUUAAAAAAAUCCACAAUGAAACAACUCGUACAACAUAUGGGUGAAAUGGAGCAGCCUUGGGACGUAUAG